UGGGAAUGUCUAAAAAAACAUAAAAAAAUAUAUACCAAUACAUAAAAACCUUAAGUUGUAAUAAUCUGAAAUGGCUUAGUACAAAAUAAAGAACAAUGGAACUGACUUGGUGGGAACCGUUUGAGAGAUCUAUUCACAUCCAUGACAACUUGCUUGUACUCUUCGUGUGCCUCUAGUUCUUCUUGGCUGGGAGCACAUGUUGCUAGUCUUGUAUCAAUAUCCAAAAUCAGAGGCCAAACUCUCUUUCGAAGGGCAUCACUAAUGAGGCCACCCUCCGAUUUAGCCAAUUCUUUUAAUGCCUCUUUAUUUAUUGGUUCUUCGGAAAGUGCAUUUUCAAUUUCCUGAAUUUUUUUCUGCAUAGCAAUUGGCAGUGAACCUUCAAGUGUGGGAGCUGUUCGUGCAUUUGGAGUCACAUUGGUGUCACCCUGGUUAGAGCCAACACUGUAUUUGCUUGAUUCAGUUUCACAAAUACUCGAGCUUGGAGUUUUAACAUCUCCAUGAAGAACUGGCUUAUCAUUCCUAGGCACCGGAGUAGAACGCUCAAUCUCUUUUUUCUCCGCCUGCGAUAAUGAUGUAUUCUCUAAUUCAUUUUCCAUUGUAACAAAUCAUAACACAUGAUUGAGGACACUGAUAUAAUGUGUUCUCAAGAGAGCCAAUACUUUGUUACACUUUAGCUAGUGUUUCAAAACCGCUUUCCCGUGAGAAAAAACACAAAUGAUAAGGCGUACAAGGUUAACGUUAAAAAUUCAUUGACGUUUGGUUAUAUGAGAAGCGCGUAUUUAGUUCAUUACACGUACACGACGUACACUUCGGCAAAGGACUUGUGACCCUGCGUCACGCUCCGUCACGCUUAUUCAACCCUAACGCAGCAAGGAACAGCUGUUCUGCCUUUACGCCCUCACGUAACAGAUGCCGUACGCUGAAAUGUCAACUUUGCACUAAAUUACCUGUACUCUUUCUCCAUCGCCAACAUUUUCUUUUUUUAUUUUCUUUUACAAGAAAGAAAAUUGAUGUGAAUGGCGUGAUUUACGAAAAAGGAAGAAGAGCGAGGGAAUUUUCGAAAUAUUGAAACUGUGCACCAUAAAUUAGGAAAUUUAUUACUGAAAGGUGGUAACAUUUUACCGGGUUGAUUACGAAGUGUCACUUCACUUGCACUGUUUUCGUCCAUCGUAUCGCAUCGUACGUGUGAACUUUAAAAAUAUUGUGUGGUGAAGAAAUAGAGUAGUAGUAUUAUGGAACGGAUAAUGAGGCGAUUUGGAAAAACAUCUUUAUGGUUACUUACCUUGUUUUUUAUUGGAACAGUGUUGAUAUAUAGAAAGCUUGAUGUGGAAGACGGUGAAAAUAUGAGAGGGCAUUUGAUAUGGACAGAUUUCUUGGUUAAGAAGACAAAUAAUCAAACUUGUCAGAUGAAACACUUUGAAAUGGGAAUAGAUAAACUUCAUAGUAAUACAAGAACAUUACACAGCCUUUCAAACUCUGAAUGUUCAUCAGUGUACAAAGCAUUCUCAGCAAUGUAUGAAGUAGAUGUGUUCAAUGCUACUCAACGAUUUAAUGAAGAUUUUUCUAAAAAAAUGACAGCAUGGUUAGGAGGCAAAAGAACGUUAGAUUUAGCAGCAUUCCAGACGGUAUAUAUGGUACAUGACACCCUCAUGCAAAGAACUACAGUCUUCAAUCCCUUGAGAAGUAAACGACCUGUUUCAAAAUCACAAAAUUCUGUAAUUUCAUAUUUAAAAAAUAUCUCUGAUAGUAGUAAAGUAAAUUGUGAUUUUUGUAAACCUUUCAAUGCCACUGCGGAAGACAUUUUUGGAAGGAUUCAGGGAAAGCAUUCAGUUAGUGCAUCCAAUGCUUUCAAGCUCGCUAAGUGGCAUGGAUUGUUUAUUCCUUAUGAACAUAGUAUAUUCAACAUUGACAUUCAAAUAUUUCUUGAUAUGUUUAACACAUCAUUAAAGUGGUUCAAGAAAGUACAUUCUAUUGAUGGAAAUGCUAAGUAUCCUGUUUUCUUCUGGGAUAUGUUUCCCCAUGCAGGUGCUAGUCAAAUGCACGUGCAUGCUCAUGGCAUAUUAGGGGAAGGGCAUUAUCCUGGAGAGUUUGAAGAUGUCAUAAAUGCUGUGCGAACAUUUCAGCAUAAACACAAUGCACACUAUUGGGAUGCUGUGGUCCAAGUUUAUGAAACAUUUGACCUUGCACUGAGAUAUGGGAACACAAUCAUCAUUUCUCCAUUGGUUCCACGAAGGGAGCAUGAAUUAUGGCUUUUGAGUAACGAACCUUCAAGUGAAUUUUUCGCUUUGUUGUACAAUAUUAUUAAAAUGUACCAAGACAAAAUGGAAAAAUACUGCUUUAGUUUGGCUGGAGCAUUGCCAGCUCUUGGCGAAAAAGUCAGUGAUCCUGAAGAGUCACUGCCGUCUGUAGUUUAUAUUGGGACACGUGGAGAUUGCUCGUCUGCUGUGAAUGAUGUGAGCUCUCUCGAGCUCUACCUGUUCAACAAUAUUAAUACAGAUCCUUAUAAAACAAUUAUGACAUUAAGAGAAUAUCUCAAGACAUUUCCUUCAAAAUAUGGAAACCUUGAAGAAUUGACUAGUCUCUGGAAUAACUCCAGUAAAUCCUGAAGAAUGAUUAUUUGAAACGAGCCUUAUGGUUAAUUUCGAAUGACAAGUAUAUUUUCAAAGUAUCAUUUGAGAUAUUUUGUCUUAUUUAUAGAUGUGGCUAUGUAUCUGUGGGAUGUAAUUUUAAGAAUGUCUUCAGUAUUAUUGAGGGAUUAAGUGUAUCGUCAGUGGUAUCUCAGCCCAGAUUCCUGCUGGUAGAGAAUAGCGAAUGAUUUAUAUUCUACUAAAGCAAUGGAGUUACAUUUAGUAAGAAAAAAAGUGAUACGAGAACAGGGUAUAAUGGGGUAAAUUUCUUAUGAAACAUAGUCACAGUUGCGAAUUAUGAUUUACCAUGCGCUUUAUUAAAGAUGUUCUUUGAGAUCUGGUGCUAGUGAAGUACAAAAUGUACACUAAUGACAUUUAAUCAUUUGUGCCUUUGUGUAUGAAAUGUGUAUACUUAUAUUUUUAAUUACUGUGGAUUUCAUAACUUGGACCUUACAAAAUGUGUGUAAAAUAGUUGCAAUAUUUAAAGAUCAAUGAUGAUAUCUGCUCCAUAUAGAUUGUUUCUCAUCUGAUAAAAAAGCAUAUGUAAUCCUGUCACCCCAACUUUUUGUAAUGUUCCCGAAUUCUCUUUAAUUUGUGGCUAAAAUCUUCCCAUUGUCUUGUUCAAAUUAGUAGGCUAAUGUACAGUUAAAAUUUGGCUAUUGAGAAGAAUUGGACACAAUGGAAAUAUUCUAGGCCAACACUUCACCAUAUUGUGAAGCCAAUAAUACAAAUGAUGUUUAAAUACUAUGGCUCCAGAUUAUUGAAUAGAAAUCAAAUAGCCAUCCAAAAAAUCUCGUUUUUACAAGAAACUUAAGAAUUAGAACAUUUACUUAAACUUCAUGUUUGUAAUGAUAAUAAAGUGAUCAGCUUAAGGAAUUUUACGCUGUAUGUUAAGAAACAUGAAGAGCAAUAUAAAGGCGCAUUUGCGUUGUAGAAGUGUGUGGGCCGCCGUGUUGAAGAAAUUGGAGGCAGGCAACUUCUUGGGAGGCAGUGAUGUAAUAAACCGAACAACGGUUCGGAUAUUUGCCGUUCAAGCCAUCUCAUUGAAUGAAAUACAUUAUUGAAGGAAAGAUUUCAAAUCUCGUAAUUUGCGAGAUCGCGCUUUGGCCAGUUGUAAAUUAGUUAUAAGUUUUUUUUAUUAAUGAAAGUUGAGCUAAAAAAUGUCGCCAUUUUUUAUUUUAUUAUUAAAUUUCUAACUUAUAUUACAAA